AACGACCAAUUACCAUGAUUAUGUGCACAUGUAUUUAUCAAUAGAUAGAAUAACAGUUAUAACUUUGUGUAUAAUUUAAUGUUUUCCAUAAGAAAGGAAACUGUCAUCUUUCAAGCGGAAACUUUGUAAACAUCCGGAUUUUUUUGUUUGGACAUUCCAGUUUCAGAGAUGGCUUGGCGGGCUCUAUGGCAACUGACUAUGGGAGAAUCUCAGGAUUUAGAAGACUUUCUUAGUCCAGUUAUAGGAAAUUUGGUUUAUUUUAUUGUAACCAUGGGCACGGGAGUGAUACUCCGUGUUUUGAACAAGCAGUACUCUCCUGUGUGGUGCCAACAAUACAUUGCGGAUUUUUCAGCCACUUUGGAAAUGUGUGCUUACUUCUUCGAAAAUAACUUUAUAAUGAAGCACUAUGGUGCCAUAUGGUUAUUCAUUGCAGUUGUUCUCCAGUGUUUGGUAGCAAACAGAACAUAUUUCGGUGCUUCGGAGAAUCCAGUUAAAUCGUUCUACGAUUUGUGUACAUUUAAAAUAAGCACAAAAACUGCUAUUGCUAAAAUUUUAGUACAGACUUUAGCUGGUGCCUCGUCUUACUAUUUCGCUAGAAUGGUUUGGUCUUUAGAUCUUGUAGAGGAUCACCGUGAGCGGUACUUGGAAACUGUGUGUGAUACUGAUCUAUCCGUUGCCUUGGCUAUCGGUCUGACCAUUGAGCUAGGAGCUACUUUGAUUGACACAUGGUUAGGUUUGCAGACCCUGAUUCCACAAUCAUUUAUCGACGAAGUCCUGAAGUGUUCUAAUGGUGCAUUCAUGAUUGUCAUGGGAAUGCACUUAACAGGAAUGUAUUUUAACCCAGCCAUGGCGUUUGGUCAUAUGUUUGGUUGCAGAGGAACCUCAGCAUGGGAACAUUUUAUAGUGUAUUGGAUUGGACCAUUCAUUGGUUGUUAUAUGGCUCUUGUCUUAGAUAAUAAAUUACAUAUCGACGUAACGAAAUCUAAGUUAGAUGCUGAAAAGAAGGAGAAAUGAUUAAUCCAUCUACAGAGUUUUCUAAGUUUAUCUUUCCAGUACACAAGAGGUUGCUUACCUGUUUUCCAGUGCUUUAUUCUAAAUCAAUUUUUAUGUAACAAUUUUUUUCAUUGGCUAACAUUUGACGUCAAAUCCAAAACUGACAUGCCUUGGGCCACCAUUUUGAAUUGAUGGAAUCGAAAAUUAAACUUAACCUACCUCAAAAAUGACGUUUCAAUGAGAUUAUAUCCAAAUCUGAUUCGCACAAGUAACGAAUAAACCUUCGGUUUGGGAGUUUUCAUUUGUGUGACGUCAUGUCAAAAUCACGCCAAAAUCACUCAUAAAGUUUCGCGGAAUUUUAUAAUAUCUUAAAUUUAUACAGUUUUACAAGCUCUUAUAUAUCUUUUCUUUUCGUAAUUCAUUAGAAUAGGAAUAACAGUUCUGUAUAGGUGAAGAAUUGUCGCCGUCAAUUGGGAUUUGACAGUCUCAAAUAUCUGUUUAACUGUCUCCGCUUUGCGUCGCCAGUAAAACUGCAUUUGCGACCUUCAAGGCGGAAACUCUCAACCGACAGUACUGCUAUCACUAAAAUAUCAGUAGCUUUCGUAGCACUGUGGUUAUGGCUUAUACGAAUAAUAUAAGGAUGCCAGUCUGAUUUGACAAUACAAGAAUACGCAACUUGCAACUUACUCUGUUUAUCUAAUACAGGUUGAGGAAUCAAAUUUUACUCUUGUUAAUUGUCUUGGGCCACUUCUAAUAAAAUUUGUUUGUUCUUUAUAGGGAUAUUUAACACUUAAUUUUUAUAGGCAAGGAUGUCUAAUAAUAAGAAAACUUUAUAUUUGUCAAGGCCAGAAACUUGAUAUUCCCAUUGAUAGCAACAUUUUAUACUUGUCCCAGAUUAGAAACCGUCUGCCAUCAGCAACGACAUUUUACUAUUGUCCCAAGCCAAAAAUGGUAGGUCCAUGACAGAGUUAAGGAAACAUGAGCAUGAGAGGAGGGAAGCAGGAGUCAGGGGAGGGAAACGGGAGUCAGGGGAG